GCGCGCGACACAGUGAAAGCACGAGCGGAGAGAGCGAGAGACAGACGGAGACAAAAAGGCGUUUCCUCCGAAACUGAACACUCCAGUCCUGUCCUGCGGAUUAAACACUUCCAAGAGACCCGAAAACGGUAGAAAAGAAAGCUGAAAACAGACCGGACAGCGCAAUUCUCCGGUAGAGUAAGAAUCGGCAGUCCCCCAUCUUUUCAUAUUGACGAUCAGGUGGAGGGAGAUAGCAUCUGGACAAUUCGGGGACCCAAGAAGAAGCAGGGAAAAUUGCCUGGUGUCAUCAAGUUCUGAAUCGGCCUUUUCAAGUGAGAGUGGCACUGAAGAAGAAGCAUCAUGUCAGAGUAUAGCUCUUUGCUCACAGAUCUUUCUGGAAACAUUACAAAUGAAGAUCUUGAGCAGCUUAAAUCUGCUUGCAAAGAGGACAUUCCUGAGGACCAAGGGGAGAGCAUCACUUCGUCGGCAGAGUGGUUCAGUUACCUGGAGAAGAACAACAAGCUGUCACAGGAUAACCUGUCAUACAUUGAGCACAUUUUUGAAAUCUCCCGGCGCCCUGACUUGCUCACUCGUGUAGUAGAAUAUAGGACAACUGUGCUAAAAAUAUCAGAAGAUGAUGAAAUCGACACAAAACUGACACGCAUUCCAUCUGCAAAAAAAUAUAAAGAUAUAAUACGCCAGCCAUCAGAAGAAGAAAUCAUUAAACUAGCUCCACCACCAAAGAAGGUGUGAGGACAUCGUUCUGCGUCAGCUGUCUACUCUCCUUGUUCCUUUCUCCUUUUUACAGUGGCAUACACAAUACACGUACAUGCACACACACACACACACACACACACACCCUCACACACCCACAUGCAUGUGUCAGACCAAAUCCCUGGACCAUUCAGCCUAACGUAGUUGGACACAGCUAAUGUAGGAAAUAGGAAAGUCUUUCCUUCAUGUCGCUCAAAUGUGCAUCAAAAAACAAUAUUUUUAAUCGGUAUUCUUGUCUUAGGUUUCAGAAAACAAGAAACCCCUGUCAUUUGUUCCUAUUGAUCAAUUUCAUUACAACAGGACCAAAAACUUGAUAAGUAAGGCAUUGGAGGCACAGACUUAAGUGUGCGUUACCUGUUUGCUUUCUAGUGGUCAGCUGCACCAUGAGUAAAGAAAGUAAAUGUCCAGAAGCUGCAGUUUAGGGCAGAUGCCACUAAAUCACAAUGGUGUUAAUUUGGCAGGAGGGUUAAAGCUAAUCUGAAAGAGAACCACUUGGCAUAAAAAUUAUAUCAAAAUCCAAAAAGAUAUAUUUUUAGUAUCAGGUUUUUGUGCAAGUGAAUGCAAAGGUGAAUAGACUUGAGACACUUAGUUAGUCUGUUUAUUCAAAUGAAUAAAAAGCCAUAGAGUUCAUUUGAGGAAUAGAAUUUGAAAUCUGAAAGGGUACAGUUCAAUCGCUGUCUAAGAGUACUUGUCCUUUCAGUUGUCUUCAGAAAUACAUAUGCAGUAUUGCAAGCCUUUAUCUUUGGGGAAGUUUUGUUGGCCAUCGCUGUACCAACUACAAUUAUUCUGGGAACAGAAGGAAGGAAGCUGGGAGUGGUCAUGUGAUAUGGUGGAUGUGUGCGUGUGUUUGCAUGAAUUUGCAAACAAGAAAAUGCAACAUUUUGGAUGCCAGAGUUCAGCUUUUGUUUCCCUCAGUUGCCGUUUUACCACUGUGUACAACAACCCGCUGCGCCCAGCCUAGUUAAUAUCGGAUGCUGGCAGGUUGAUGAAUUACUUAUUCUGUGAUAAUUUCAUCCGUUUGUUAGCUAGCUAAUGUAAUUUUUUAUGUAACCUUUAACUUUUCAGCGAGAACCCAUGUGCCAAGGAAAACUUUUAUAUUGUGUUGUGGUAAAAAAAAAAAAAAAAGAAAAAAAAGUCUAUGCAAAAUAUUGAAAACAAAUUGUCUUUUCAACAUUUCUCAGAUGCUACCUUAGUCCUCAUAGACAAUGCUGUCUCACUUUUCACUACCAAUGUGAAGUUAAUCUUGCUGGAUAAAGUGGUGUUAUUAAAAGCAGAAUUGUUUUUAAUGUUAUUAACUAAAAAGUAAAACAUUGUUAACAUCCAGAAAAAAGGUGAGAGUAGUGUUGAAAAGAAGUGGAGUUUCUAGAUUCUCGGUUGUGUUUCGGUGUGCAUUUGAAUUGGGAGGUUCACUGAGACAGUUGCUUUUGUCUGUAAUUGAGUCUGAAUAUCAGCAGCAAUAGUGGACCCCUGUGAGGCAAGCUGGCAAACACCAUGUGUACCAGUCUCAGGAAGGGCACGGUGCCUUCCCUGAAUAACAUCGCUCAACCGACUUACACACACGCCUGCCGAAAAAAGACUUUAUCUCACUCUACGCCUGUAUAUGUAUCCCCUUUUUUGUAUUAACUAAAACCUGGUAUUUAAAUCGAUUUAAAACAAUGGAUUCCUUCCUUUAUUUUUGUUUGAUAAUUCUAGAAUAAAACUUAUAUUGCAAUUAUAUGAUAAAAUCUAUAUUUUUAUUGUAUAAUUUAUACAUAUUUAUAUCAAUGGGGGGAGGGGGGGAGUGACAAAUGGAUGAUUCUCUAAGUUUAUUAUUAUGAAAACCCAAAAUGCAGGGUGGUCAUCAAGUCCCCGUCUAUUUAUGUGGCGACAUUAAUGUUACAGCAGAGAAGUAUAAUACUCAUGUCAUACUAGUGUCUUCUUCCUAUCAUAGUAACCAGCAAAUAUAAGCAAAUCAUAACUUAAAUGGUAGAGAGCAGAUUAGUACUGGGUAGACAGCAGUGUAGCGCUAAUAGAGUGGAAGAAGUGAGGGGAUGAGAAAGGAAAGAGUGAGACAGGGAGAGAAAGAAGGGCAGAUGUGAUUUUCAGAAGGGACAAGAAGAAUGGGUUGUGUUCUGGUUAUAGCCUAAAUUCUGACCCUUAGCCUAGAUCAGUGUGUUCAUAAAGCAUUAUAGAAUGGCACUAUACAGUAAUAUUCUAGCCAUGCGUCUAAAACCCAUUUAGUUUUGUGGUGCAGUCGGUGCUUGUGAUGAAUUGUCUUUGGUUUUAGGACCACAAACAGAAUGGCAUUCAUUUCUUGAUAGAAGGCUUCUUGUAAUGUGAACUCAGACUGUCCAGUUACUCACGGCAGACUGGAUGUUUGGCUUGUUUCUUUUUUACUCUCUGUACGUUUUCCAGCAGCUAAUCUGUGCUUGCUUUAUAUAUAUUUUUUUCCGUAUAGAUGCAAAAUGAGACCUUUGUGGGUAAAGUUUAUUUCAUUGAACCAGUCAAAGCAGUGUUAUGUACAUCAAACGCUUCAAUGUUUAUUCUUGCCUUAAUGGCUGUCUUUCUUUUGGGAAGUAUCUUUUUGGUCAUCACAUAGAAGAGGAAAUUGUCAUUUUAUUUUUCCUUUCUGAAACGUACUUGUGUGGCAUUACUGUAGGUAACUAAUAAUACAUGGGACGGGAUCAACAAAUGUACCAUGCAUACAUACUUUCGUACUGCUAGAAUAGAAAGCUCAAAGAUGUGCGUAAAUGAUCUCAGAUGUACUAAAUUUGCAAGUUAGUAUCGCUGCAUGUUCAUCAUGCUACAGUUAGGGUGCCUUUUGAGCUGAAUUUAGAGCUGCUUAGUGCUCACUAAACUUGUCAGGACAGUACCGUGUUUCAGAAGCAGAGCACUUAAUGCCCCAUCAGAUGGAGCGACACGUAGCAGUGAAACUAACAACAGUAGAAACAGUAGAUUUCAGUUUUCUUGUUAUUGUGGUGUGGUGUGUGUGUAAGCACACAAAGCAUUUUCCUGGAGUCAAAUCAAGCUUAGCGCAGCGGCCCGAUCUGAAAAGCAUUUUCUGACCAUACUGGAAUGAAAUUCCAGCCUGCUCGAAAAAUAGAUUUGAAAAGGAAGGAGCUGGGGCUGUCGUUUGCUGUCUCGACUUUGAUUAAUUGAACUUAGGCCGUGAGUUUUAUUUCUGAGGCUGCACAGCCUUCGUAAACGACAUGCCUUUAAGAUUUUUUAUGAUUUCUGGAGUAUAACAAUUUCAUUUAAGCAACGUGCCAUAAGGAGUAUACUCGAAAGAAGUCAUUUUUUUUAAUAACACAACCACUUCAGACAUGUUACUUACAGCUAAACAGACAAAUAUACAGAAAUGUAUUAAGUAAACUGCAAAUGCACAAUGCAUAUACACCGAUACUCCAGUAGUAUAUACUCCUGCAAAGAGUUCAUAUUGUACACCAGUGCAUGUGUGUGUAUAUAUGUAUGUUUGUGUCGGUGUACACACACUCCAGUCUAAGAUUAUGGGAAGUGGGCUCCAUAUUUGCACAUUAUUUGUACCUUCACACCCAUCUGUCUUUAUUUUUUUGGAGACUGUUGGGUAUGUAUAAUGUCUAUCUGAAGAAGAGUCUUUAUAUUUAUAGCUGCACACCUUCAUUGUUAGCAGGAGGGAGCCAUGCCUGCCCUAUUCCUUUAAUUCCUGUGUAGGAUACAAGCAGGCGACAACACCGGCUGCGCAACGCUUUGCUCUCUUUGACCUACUGACAAGCCUCGUUUUCUUUUUUUCCGCACUUUCGAAGAUGUCGUUCUCAAACACUCUUGACACAUAGCACUGCAAAGGGAGCCAAAAAGUGCUUCUCAUUGAAAGAAUUAAAAAAAAAAUACCAAACUUACACGGUGUGGACAUUGCCUUUAUUAUUAUUAUUAUCAAAACGGCUUACCUGUCCUCCAUAGUCUAUUUUCUGACAAAACCUACUUGUAUGAAUAAGUGUGUGCUCCUGCCAUAAAACACUGAAAUAAUCAGUUUGGGAGAAUGAGAAAUCUUACUGAUUGACGAUUUAAAAAUCCCCCAAGAGACCGCGAAUAUCACAGGAGGACAAGUGGUGCCAGCGCGAGUAGCCAAUGAAUAUGCAGAGGACACUUUGUGACAGUUUGCAUGUGUGUGACUACACAGAAAUCACAUUUGUAUUAUCAGAAAGUUUUUUUUUUUUGUAAACAGAAGCCACGUGUAAAGAGCAGGGGACAGAUGGAAGCUCUAAUGACUGGAGCCCGUCAUGGCACCAACAGGUCAGUCUCCUCACAAAGACACACACACAUGCGUAUGCGCUGCUUGUAGUAUUACGUCAUAACUGAUUUAAAGCUUAACUGUAAGACACACACAUUUUGACUUUAAGGAAAAUGCUGCAUUAAUAAAAUAGAUAAAUAAAUAAAACAAAAACGAGCUACCAGUAUUUUUGACGCGUGUCAUCUUUGUUGGUUGUAUCCUGGACAGGAUUCAGAAAAGUGGGGAAUUGGCGAUAUUUUUCAUUCAUUUGGAUCUGUUUGAAGCUGUCAUUUGGGUGUCGUUGCUGUCUGUUGUAUUUCUCUGGUAAUGUAGGUUUUGUGCAUCACAGUCACAAGCUGCGGCCAAGUUUGACUGCACAGGGUCAUUCAUUUAUAACCAGCAGUUGCAAACGUAAAAUAUAAAUGGCUUUUGAACAAGUUUUCUUCUUCUUCUUCUUUCCUUUUAAAGUCUUUGGCUUUUGGAUAGGAUCUUCCCAUUGGUGGGCUGUUGUGCUUCUUGUGGAUGAAAGACUAUAAACAUGUUUUUUUUUUCCAAAUGCUGUGUAUUUUGUGUUGCUUGCUUGUGGCUAGUUUUGUUGUUUAUAGGAGAAACAGUGCUCUCUAAUCUACGUAACACAUGCUGACCAGAGGACAUGGGGUGGAGGCCAUACUGGCUCAUUGUUCAUGUUGGCAGAGUGCCCAGGAGAGCUGGAAGACAUGCAGAUUUGGGGUCGACCUGCACAGAACUCACACACACUAAUUCUAGUAUUAGGAAAUGGGACGCUGUAGAGUGUAAAAUCAGAGGCCUUGGGUAAUUCGGAAGCUUCAGGGUAAAGCCAUGAUCAUGUCGUGACUAGUUACAUUGGGGCCGUCAUGAAUUUUGAGUUUUCUUGCAAACGCUUUCCACUAUGCAGUGCUUUCUGUGACGAUUCUGAGAGCUGUACGUGAAGGCAGGCCCGCAAGAUGCUGAGGCUCUGUGGGACAUGAAGCAAGCACAGAGCACUGUUUUCAGAAACAUUAUGUCAAAAGUAUGAAUGUUUCUCCAUUUAUUGUGCGUUUUCUGUACUAAAGUUGUUUACGAGAAAAACAAAAA